AUGGCGGAUGUAAAGGACUGGGGCUUAGAAGCCCUUGGAAAGCUUAAAUCAACGGAACCACCGGUUUUUCUAGCGCCAAGUUCGAUAUCAGAUGUGGCUCGUGUUGCGUCUCAGUAUCUCUUCACCAAGCUGAAGCCUCACAACCUUAAAUCUCCUUUUGAAGAGCUCUUGGUUGAUGGUUUUGACGCGGAGCAGAUUUGGCAGCAGAUUGAUAUGCAGUCUCAACCAUUGUUGUCAAGCCUGCGACAUGAAGUUAAGCGAUUUGCUAAAAACCCUAAAGAGAUUCGCAAGCUCGGAGGUUUGGCCCUCGAGGAUACUCACGAGGAUGAUGAGAUGGAUAUGGAUAUGGAUGGGUUUGACAUGGAUGAUGAUAGUGAGGGUGGGGAUGAAGAUAAUGAGUUAGAAGCUGACGAAAGCGAAGAGGACGAGGAGGAUGAAGAAGAGGAAGAAGAGGAGGAGGAUGAAAAGAAUGAAGGAAUAGAGGACAAGUUCUUCAAGAUCAAAGAUUUGGAGAAUUUUUUGGAGGAGGGUGAAGCUCUAGAGUAUGGCAUCGACUCCAAAAACAAUACACAGAAGCAAAAUUUGAGUGAUGAUGAUGAAUAUGAUGAAGACGAAGAUGAUGAUGAGGAAGAUGAAGAGUUUGGUGCUUUUGCUGCUGAUGACAACGAAGAGUCAGACAAUUUGGGAAAGGCCAGAUAUGAGGAUUUCUUUGGUGGUAAAAAGGAGACAAAAAAGACGAUGAAAGAUGUCAUUGAAGAUGAGGAAGCGGGAAAUGGAAACCAAGGAAAUGAAACACUCUCUACCCAUGAGAAAGAGCUGCUAAAGCUUCAAUCCAAGAUCGAACAGAUGGAGAAAGCAAACUUAGAUCCUAAACAUUGGACUAUGCAGGGAGAGGUAACUGCUACAAAGAGGCCAAAGAAUAGUGCUCUAGAAGUUGAUUUAGAUUUUGAGCACAAUGCCAGGCCUCCUCCUGUUAUCACAGAAGAGGUCACAGCCUCACUUGAGGAUAUGAUCAAGAGCCGAAUCAUUGAGGCCCGUUUUGAUGAUGUUCAACGAGCACCUAGUCUGCCCACUAAAUCCAAAAGAGAAGCCAAGGAAUUGGACGAUAAUAAAAGCAAGAAAGGUCUUGCCGAAGUUUACGAGGAAGAAUACGUUCAGAAGUCUAAUCCGUCUUUUGCUCCAGCAACUUUCUCUGAUGAACUGAAGAAAGAGGCAAGCAUGCUAUUCAAGAAACUAUGCCUGAAGUUGGAUUCUCUCUCCCACUUCCACUUUACACCUAAACCAGUAAUUGAAGAAAUGUCUAUACAGACAAACGUCCCAGCCAUAGCAAUGGAAGAGGUUGCGCCAGUGGCAGUGUCAGAUGCAGCAAUGCUUGCUCCGGAGGAAAUAUUUUCGGGGACAGGCAAAAUAAAGGAUGAGUCUGAACUUACACAGGAAGAGAGAAAGAGGAGGAGAGCUAAGAAGAAGAGAAAGUUCAAAGCUGAAUCUGCCAACAAACCUGUGAAGAAGGCGCGUGAUACUACUACUACAGACAUGUCUAAAACCGGCAAUGAAUAACGGUGAAAGAGAGGAGAGGAAUGGAAGAAGAGUUAAGUGGAGAGAUAAAUCUACUUAGACUGCUUCAAGAUUGGAUACCAACAACAGUUUUGCAUGUCAGAAAUAUUGAAAUUUUGUUAUUGUAAGGCCGAUGAUUUGGCAUUUUUAUCUCCCACCAUGAUGAAUUUUUUGUGUUUAUUUGUUUCAAGUGUUAGUUUUCUUAGUCUUUAGCUUCGUUUAUUUAUUGUUGUUCUCAAGUUAUUAACCACUAACACAGAA